UCCUACUUCGUACGACGGCAAAGCAAGCCACUUGAAAAAGACUGGCGGCUCAUCGCAAAUACGUACAUCGAGUGGAUUCAGAUAAAACUUACUACGGUUGCUCUAGAAGGUUCAGCUCUCUAAUUCGAAGAGCUAGGAGCCCGGGCCGGUUCGGCUGACAGGUAACUAAUGCUUCUCUUCCCCGGCAAAGCAACCAUAAUUGGGAAUGGUGCUUUUACGAUUUCAUAUUCUCCAUACAGUAUGGGCAAGACUGUCCCAGGCCACGAUUCAAGCCGCAGAUGUUCUGGAGCUAUCGACUCGGCGGAGAUUACACCCAUUGCCGCGGGUCAGUCCAGUAGCAUGCGUUGGAAUCCAUGCAGCCAUGAGUAGAAGUACCCAUAUACAGGACAUGGGCUAUGGACUACAAGGGCAACACGGACUUACACAGGCUACGCCAUGGAUUUUACCAGUCUGUCUUCCUUUCGUCUUGGCCCCGUUGACCCAUGCCAUAGCAAGCAUGGACGGAACAGAAAUUACCUGCUCCCCGUGCACGGCUACAUUCACCGGCCACACCUUAACCAUCCCUGGUUGGUUUUUUUUUUAUAGGUUUGCACCCUUAUGGUUUUUAGGGUUAGGUAUGCAUUCUUUUUGCUUUGUCCCAUACCCGGUCUUGGAUAAUAAGCCAAUCCACCUUCUCAUUUCUCGAUACGACAUAGGAGGGAAAAUUUUUUUUAUUUCCAAAUAGUUCAUUUUACUCCCUUCACUGCAAGACAUGCCAAAGGUACAUCAAGUACACAGAGAAGGGAUAGGAUAGAACGGCAUAGAUGGAUACCUAUUCUCUGAUACCAUCGGCCUAGUAUCAGAUGUGACUCAUACGAGUAGGACGUCAUGUACGUUUAUGUCCUGAUGCCCUGCGAGCAGAAAUUUCUGGAUGCAAUGAUGUCCAAUGUCUGUAAGCUGAACGGGCCUUGUAAGUUGUUUGGUCAAUGGGGACCCGGCUUAAGACCACUGACCACAUCGACCACACUU